CUGCUCGCUUCUGUUUAGCUGCUCCACCCUCUAGACACCCCGCCCGAGAUAGACGGUGCAUGUCACGUGAUAGUAAUAGCUUACUAGGUCCACCGUUUAGAAAAAUCGGAUCACUUUAGAAACUUUGCAUUACCACUCAGCGAGGAACUUUGACAAGGGAGAAGUUAUCACUAGCACUGCUGGACUGGAGGGAGUACCUCUUAAAUAUGUGCAAGCCGGCAAAAUUGCUCAUGUAUGACUACUUGCCUGUCAAACAAGAACCCAUGGAAUCGUCAUUCUAUUCUGAUUACUUAGCCAAAACCUUGGUGAAGCCUCCUGAGAUGUACAGUGUGAUGUAUGCGUCACAGAAUGGGCUGCACAGUAGACCAUAUCCGCUUCAUGAUGGACAACCCAAUGGGAACCAAAUGGAGCCGGUUGACCUUUCUCUCAACAAACGGAGCUCGCCACCCUCGUCGAGAUGCUCUCCACCCUCGCCAUAUUCUUUGACAACCCUUUCCAACUCCAGCCUGUCCCACAGGGUCUGUAUGUCUCCCUCAAGGUCGCCCCAUAAAAGAACUUCACCUACUGUGUCGCCCCACUCUAUGCCCUUACCCUUUCCCAGCAUGAUGAGCCCAAUGCUGCCCGGUACAGGACUGACCAGCCAAGGAAUGAUUUCAGUGAUACCAUCAGUCAUGGUGCAGCCAGUGUCUCUUCUCUACGCACCACAUCUUUCCCAGCCGAUUGUGGUUUCUUCCAGGAUGAAUGAUGAAAUGCGAAGCCUCUCCAGCAUGCAAGAAUUUGGAGGAGCGAGCCAUGAAGUGGUGAAACAGAUUAAAUCUGAAUCAAGAACAGAACAUACACAGAAGAGUUACCAUGAAGAGAUUUCAUCUUCAUGCAUGAAUGCAUCUGUGAUGUCACAUGAGAGCAAUACUCCAUCUGUGAUCAUUCAUCCAGUGAAGCACCCCCUGCCAGUCGAAUCCCCAGACACGGUGAAGAAAAGGCGCAUACACAGGUGUGACUACGAAGGGUGUAACAAAGUGUACACCAAGAGUUCCCACCUCAAAGCUCACAGACGAACACAUACAGGUGAGAAGCCCUACAAAUGCAUGUGGGAAGGCUGCACCUGGAAGUUUGCACGCUCUGAUGAACUGACCAGACACUUCCGCAAGCACACUGGCAUCAAACCGUUCCAGUGCCCAGACUGCGAGCGCAGCUUCUCGCGCUCGGACCACCUGGCUCUCCACAAGAAACGCCACUUACUCGUUUGAACCCGAGGCUUGUGUUAGCAUUACUGGUUCAGCUGGCCUGAAUCCUUAGAGACAUGGUGUAUGACAAAAACCUUUUCUUAUAAAUGGUCAGUGUAAGUGCACAGUAAAAACACAGCGUGCUUGUUUUUAAUUAUUAUGAUAAACACGGGUCAGACCUCUACAAUGUGAACUUUUUUUUUUCUAGCGCUGAAUACUUUUAUUAAGGAUCAUUUUUUUUUAGAGUUUUUGUAUAUGCAUAUAAAACAUGCCUUUUACCUUUUACCUAGCUUUUUUCAAUGAUUAUUUCAGCUUUAUAAGGAUUCACAUAAAAUGUGUAUCAAACUUUUUGCCAGUUUUAUAUCUGUGUUUUUAUUUAGUUUUAUUUGCAGAUAGCAACAGAAAUCAUUUGUGUUGCAUUUUGGUGUGAAUAUCUCGCUCAUAUACACUCUGGGCAGACCAGUCUGUACAUUGCGUGUUGUCCAAUGUUGUUUUGUUUUUUGUUUUAAUGUUCAGGAGCAGUCACACUGCACACGAUUUAACAAAUAUAAUGUUGUGAAGGGCUGCUAUAAAAAUGCCACUCAUCUGGUUUCAAGCUUACUUGCAUUUUUUUAUACAUGCUCCUAAGUAACUUUAAACUGUGUAGAUGUCUGUUACUGGAGUCCCUUUUAUUUAUGUCACCAGUUUGGAAAGAGGAAAUCUAGUUUGCCAGGCACUUUAUCCAAACCUAGGAUUUCUAACAUGGACCGUAGACAUUGGAAUACGUUUGUUCUACAGGGAAAAAAAAAGUUAAAUGCAUAGAUAGUAACAUUCAGGGUAUAAACAUCUGUAACAUUCAGGGUGUAAACACCUGUAACUGCUACUUUUUACUCAGGUGCUACUUGAGAUAGCACUGCACUGAAGUAAAAUUCACAUUUUUUACAGUAAAUAUACUGCAAGCAACCAGUAUAUGAAACAUUGAGCCCCAUACUGAUAAAUUUAGAGCAGCAGGCAUGCUCUAUGGACAAAAAUAUACAAUGUAGCUCCGGAAUUAAAAAUAUAAUCACUUUUUGCAGUUCCUUGAGCUAAGCAGAAUGAUAAACGGAAAAUAUGGCCUACAAUAAGAGCAUUUAACAGAUCUGUACAUAUUCUAAACCUUAUUUUUAAUUUAAGGUGCCCCAAAUGUUAUAAUAAUAACCCUAUGAAUACAGGUGUACUUAUUGGAAUUUGAGGAUGUGAUAAACUGAUUAUCAGUUGCAGAGCUUUUUUUUUUCUAACUCUCUAAAUGUGAAUUUAUAUAAUAACUGGGCAUUGUUGUUUUAUAAAAUGUAUUUUAGUUUUGGGAAUAAAUCUGGUGAGUUUAUAUACGGAGAAACUGAGAUGCGAAGCAUGUAGAAAAAGUGUUUAUCUUUUUAUUUUAUUAAAUUAUAAAUGAACAUUUGUGUUGUAUUUAAAUAACAAAUAUAUAAUAAGACGUGGAACACUAUUUCCUUUGCACUUUAACUUAUUUAAAUCCAAAUAAACAAUAUACUGCAUUACUGUCUCUUCCUGAACUUAACAGAGUGUCUUUUUAAAUUGAUGCAUGCUCCAUCAUUUUGUCAACAGACAGCCUCCUAUAAUAGCAUUACAUUGUUUACAAUACAACCCCAGUGGAGAAUAUUAACCCAAAGCACUUGCUCUAUUACUUUGGACAUCCAUCUGUAUCAAUGAUGCCCAUUAGAAGGGCUUUACCAUUUCCUCUGUAUUAUGAGCAUGGCGGGUGCCAGGGUUAAGGGUAAUGGGCUUCAGUUACACUCCAAUAACGAAUGUGUUAAAAUGAACACAGAGUUAAUUUGAUUACGGGAAACACAGUUUGUUAAAACAAUGUAUGUUAAAUGACAACGUAGUUGCAGUUAAAUAGAGCAUGAGCUGUGUUGCUCGUGAUCUGAUAUUUUGGGUGUAUAUUGCAGUAUUUCAUGCAUCAUUUUAAAAUGUAAUUACUUAAUUACAGGCAAGUUUCUAUGCAGACUACAGCAAAUUUUAAAUAUCAUUGACCCAUAAAAUCCAAACUCUCCUUAGCAUGUCAAGAGCCAUCAGUAGGGUUUACUUGUUUAAAACUGUGCAAAGUUUUUAUAUAUAAAUUGUAAUAUAAUUGUAAUAAUGUAACUAUUACGACUGACUGGGCAAAACUGGCAAUUAAGGUUUUAGCAUGCUUAUUAUUCAUUUUAUCGCAAAGAAUAUAAUAUGUUUUCGUAAGCUGUCUUAUUAAAGACAUGAAUUUGUAUUAAACUAUAUAAACUUGUAAUUUAGCUUGGUUGUCCAAAGGGAAUUCUGUAAUGACUUUUUUUGUCAUGUGAAACUGUGAACGCAAGUCUUUACUGUACAGUCUUAUUCUAUAUUCAUUACUGCAAACUGCAUUAUUGUAUAUCAUUUAAUAAAACUAUAAGGACAUAAAAAAAA